AUGAGUAUUACAAUUCCUAAAUCAGUUAAAAAAAUCGAAGCAAAAGCAUUUGAAAAUUCUAAUCUUGCGAAUAUUUAUUUCACAGAAGAUUCUCAAAUCAAUUAUAUAGAGAAAGAUGCAUUUAGAAAUUGUUCAAAAAUAAGCUCAUUUAGUUAUUCAUUUCCUUAUUUAAAAACAUUAGGAAUGUCAUCAUUUAAAGAUUGCAUUAAUUUAGAAAAUUUUACAUUUUCAUCACCAAAUUUGACUGUUAUGAGUAAUGCAUUUGAGAAUUGCAUUAAAUUAAAGAAAGUUAGUAAUAUUUUGAGUAUUCCAGAUAAUUGUUUUUGUGGAUGUACUAAUUUAGAAGAAGUUACAAUUCAUGAAGGUGCAGAAUCAAUUGGGAUUAAAUCAUUUGAGAGUUGUUCUUCAUUAAAAAGUAUUAAUAUUCCACAAUCUAUUAAAAUUAUUUCAGAAUAUUCAUUUCUUAAUUGUAAGAAAAUAAGUUCAAUUAUAUUCAAUGAAACAAAUUCACUUGAUAUUUUUUUCAAUUAA